UUGUCUUUCACAUCACAGUCUGCAGCUAGUAGAGCUGUUAGCUAACAUUAGGUGUUGCCGACAGGAUGGGUGUAUCGGAUUUACAAGUCGAUACAAAUGCUGGACCUGUGGUGGAUCUUUCAGCCCGGGGUAUGCAAAAGCUGGAUUCAAACUUCAUGUGCUCGGAGGACACUCACACUCUCAUCUUGGAUCGUAACCACAUAAUGAAACUGGACCAUCUGGAAAGAAGCCCAGGCCUUCAGCAGUUGUCUGUAGCGAGUAACCGUCUGGUGAGAAUGAUGGGCGUGUCUCGGCUAACAGAGUUGACAGUCCUCAAUCUUCCCAAUAACAGCAUUGGAUACAUCGAGGGGCUCAGAGAUCUGCCACACCUCAAAUGGCUAAACUUGUCUGGGAACAACAUUAAGGUCAUUGAGCAACUCAACAACUGUGUUUCCCUUCAACACUUGGAUCUGUCUGACAAUAACAUAUCUACCAUUGGUGAUGUGACAAAACUGGCAGCAUUAAAGACGCUGUUACUCCAUGGAAACAGCAUUACGACACUUCGUACUGUUCCCGCUCACCUACCUGCCCAUUUAUCCAUUCUCUCCCUGGCAGAAAAUGAGAUCAGGGAUCUUAAUGAAGUGUCAUACUUGGCACCUCUCCAUGAGCUGGAGCAGCUGUCCAUUAUGAGCAACCCUUGUGUUAUGGCGACCCCCUCAUUGCCUGGUUUUGAUUAUCGACCAUAUGUCAUGAGUUGGUGUCUGAGCCUAAAGGUGAUGGAUGGCUAUGUGGUGUCACAGAAAGAAGGUCUCAAAGCAGAGUGGCUCUACAGUCAGGGAAAAGGGCGUUCCUAUCGACCGGGUCAGCAUGUUCAGCUGGUUCAGUAUCUGGCCACUGUUUGCCCUCUGACAUCAUCACCAGCCCUGGAGACGGCAGAGGAUGCCAAAUUGGAGAAGAUCCUCAAUAAGCAGAGGUUUCACCAAAGGCAGCUGUUAGAGGAGACCCGAGGAGGCUGUCCUAGUCCUCCUCGUCCAACUCAGCUAGAUGUGGAGAGGCACAGUCCUACACACCCAGUCCCACAGGAGGGAGCCAGAGAGGUGAAGCAGACCAGUGCACCUGUGCCAGCUGCUGCUCCAUCAGUCCGGGAGACAGAGCCAGUCGUGCAGUUUAACACCUGGGUGAGCUGUGACUCCUCCCACCCAUCACUGACGGUAGUUCGCAGCCCGAGGCCCAGAGAGGAGCACAUCUUUUUGGAGGAUGUGCAGACCGAUGAGGAGAAACUCAAUGGCAGCAUGCUUUCCUCAGAGUCCACCUUCAUCCCUUUCACACCUGAUCUGGAGCCACAAAUGACCCACUCUGACAGCGAGGAUGAGACAGAGACAUUUGAACCUGAUUCUCUAGCUCCAAGGCGGCCGGCACAGCCCAAAAAGCACAACACAGCCAAGACGCAUCAUUCACCCUCAGCAGAAAAGCAUGAGAGAGGUCCUGAAGAAGAAGUUAUCUCUGGCGCAGCCACAACAGCACUGGUUGUCACAGUUACAACACCGCAAAAUGAUCUGCAGACGUCAUCUGACUUUGGUAAAGCAGAGAUGAAAGGAGCCCCCGAGCAGGAGGAAGUUGGUGUGUGUGCCAGUAAAUCAAGUUUGAUGGAGGCAGACACGGCAGCGGUUAAAAUACAGUCAUGGUGGAGGGGACAGCACACUCGCUGUUGUCACCCCAUGGCCAAAGAGGUGCGCAGUGAAAUCCGGCUGCGCAGGAUGCAAGAGCACAUCCUCUCCCUUUCUGAAAGGUUGGACAGGGUGCAGCAGCAGUAUGAAGAAGAGAGGUUACAAAGGCUGGUUCAGGAGGAAGCUGUCAAGUUUCUGUGGAAGCAGCUCCAGUCUAUGCAGCAGUGGAAGCAGUCUGUGGAGCAGCAGCUGGCUAGCAUCGGUCAGGCUGUUGUGCCUCCGGCUCAGACCUCAGCUCCCGCACUCUGUGUGACUGUCCCGCCUGUUGCAUCCAGCACGACAAACCCACCCAGCACAGACGUCUCGUUCCCAGACUCCGGCUUUCAGUCAACCAGCGAUCAACAGGCAGCGCUUGAGGACAGCUUCCUGAGCAGUGGGACGGCAGACUCUCUGAAGACGGUGCGAGCGCUGAGCCCCGUUCGUAGUGGCUUUGAUGGUGUGGACAGCGCAGACUGCAGCCUGCUGGAGCAGUACCUCUCCUCUGUGCAGCAGAGGGAGGAGGAGGCUGAGGAGGUGAUCAGUGACAGAACAGAAACACCACAGCCCUCCUCACCAGUAUCACCCAGCCAAACAGCACAGUCCAGCUCCAGCCCGCAGAAGACAUCGGACAAACCAGAAGCGCAAAGAAUCGAGGAAACCUCUCCUGGCCCUGUGUGAGCACCUACAGCCAAUACACACCUGCACAGAACUACUGAGUGUGUGUAGAUUUGCACUGACUGUUGGAUCGAAACAACUGACAACUGCACUCAUCUUGAUCACUGACCCAGAUCUCAAAUAUCAGUGCACUAAGUUUCUGUUCAUCAAAAAAUCACCUUAAUGUGAAUGUAACUUAAGUUUUUUAUACUUCACUACUUUGCUCUGUUAUUUAACAUUUUCCUCUCUGUGUAGAGACAAUGAUUGUGGUGUAGCUUCAGAAUAUAUUAGUUACUUAAAAGCAAUUAAUUCACGAUAGGUUGCUACCUCUACUGAUCAAAGAACAGACAUGGUAUCCUAUUCUCUUUAUCAAUAUCUACUGCAUUAAAUAUGUGUGAUAACUACAAAUAAUCAGAAUAGGAGUUGAUGUGUUAAACGUAGUGCACUUGUAACCACGGAUAUACUAUACAUGACACAAGUUUACUAUCUAUUAUCACACACUGUGUUAAUAACCGACUGUUUUAACAACUUAAGCUCACAUCACCUGAAAAUGUUGUAGCAUCUUUAUCGUAAAAAAAUGUAAAUAAAUCUGCUUUGUUAUUUGUUUUA